CACCACUGAGAAGGAAAGUUUAGAUUUUAGGUUUUUUGUUUUUUAAUUGAUAAGCAUGCAGAAGAUGACGUCUCUCUUCCAUAAACUCAGAGGCGACACUUUGACAUAAAAAAAUGCCAGCCACAAAAGUUAUUAAGCCAGAACCAGUGGAAGCUGCGAGAAAGACCCUCGAGAAAACCAAACCGGUGAAGGUACGGGCGGUUAACGGAGGACAAAGUGAACUCAAAGUACCGGCUGUGCGUAAAAGUCGCGCGUCGAGCUGCCCGAGGUAUCCGCAGCGGGACAGGUGUGAGCAUCGCACCGGAGCGCAGGGCGCCGCAGUCCAAAGAAGCUGUGAUAGGAGGACCAGGUCCAGCUCCACCGCCCCCAAACCGUCCACAAACUGCCCCAGGACAAACCCGGACUAUCGGAGGGCGACCAACUCUGUGAUACAUGCUGCCGUUAACCCAAAAUGCCAGGAGAUGAUCGCCUGUCAGAAGGAGCAGCGGGGGGUCAGGGCUGAGACGAGGCACGCAAGUCAGAGUCACAAAGCUUUCACCAUCAUCCCCCCGAACCCCAAGAAAAGAAGAGAGAUCCAGAGAAAGGCGGAGGCGGAGCUCGCCGCAUUAGAGGAGCUUCGUCUGAGCAGAGCAAUGGCUUAUGUCUCCAUUAACCCCAGCAGUGUUGGUGGCUGUAUGAGUCUGGAGGAAGUGCGCUUGAAGCAGCAGCAGGAAAUGAUGCAAGCCAAGAGGAAACAGAAACCGAUGAAGAAACAAGUAAUGGAGCAAACAUCUGUACUGAAAUGCUAAGCGUCACUUCUCCGUCUGUCUCUGCUGGGAGCUCAGCUCCUCGCUGUGG